AGAACUGACUCAGACGUACAACAGAGCUCCAGGAUGCUUUGCCUGAAUGAUGAACUGCUCUUUAAACUUAACCUUGGAUACGUCAGUGCGUUGGUCUUCCAGCACACUGUGAUCGUUCUUCUACUGGCAGACUCCUUUAGAGGCCAGUCUCAGGGGGCUAGACCUUCUCGAACAAUAGUGACAUUAGUUGGUGAAGACGUUAUCCUGCCGUGCCACCUGGAACCUGCCCUGGAUGUUGUUUCUCAGAGUGUGGAGUGGGGGAGACUUGACCUGGAACCAAGAUUUGUCCAUGUGUGGCAUGAGGGUCAAAACAUUCUCAGUAACCAAAACCCGUCUUACAAAGGAAGAACAUCAGUGUCCAUUGAGAAACUGAAGCAUGGAGACCUUUCACUGACACUGUCUGCAGCCAAACUCUCUGAUAAUGGAAUCUAUAGAUGCUACUUUCCCUCACAGAGUAAAGAAUCUACUGUUGAGCUUAUUGUUGGUUCUGUCUCCUCAGCGGUCAUAGCUGGAAUUUACUUAAACAGCAGCGCAGUGGUGUUACAGUGUGAGUCUGCAGGCUGGCAUCCAGAGCCUGAGGUGUUGUGGCUGGACGGUGAGGGAAAGCUCCUCUCUGCUGGACCUACAGAGACAGUCAGAGGUCCUGAUGACCUCUAUACUGUCAGCAGCAGAGUGACUGUGGAGAAGAGACACAGCAACAGCUUCACCUGUAGAGUCCAACAGAGGAACAUCAACCAGACCACAGAGACAGAGAUUCAAGUUUCAGCUGAUUGCUUCGAGGCUCCAUCUUGUUCUGCUGCUCGUGUCAGCAUUCUCGUGGUUGUGUUCCUCACUUUUAUUUUUGCAGCGGCCUUUGUCGUGUGGAAAUGGAGACAACACAAAACCAAAGACACAAAGAUGAACUGUGAUGCUGAGAGAGCAAAGACAGAGAGAGAGCAGCUCAUGGCAGAACGCAAGAAAAUGGAGGAUUUGGAGGAGAAAAAGGCAAAACUUGAAGAAAUGUUACAGAAGAAUGAAGAAGAAGAGAAAGACUUGGAGCGGGUGGUUAAAACACUGAUGGAACAGGAGGAAGUACUGAAAGAACAGAGAGAUCAAGCAGAGCAUCAAAAGGAUGACAUGGAGACAAACAUUACAGAUAUUGAGAACAAGCUUCAGUCAGUGGAGAAGAUGGCAGAGAGUGACCGAUACCAUGAGAUGAAGAGCAUUGUGUUAACGGCCAAAAAUCAGUUGAAGGGUAGGAAACAAGAAGAUCAAAAACUUCACGUGGAAACACAGACACUACUGACUAAAACACAAAGUGUGAUAAAUAGAAUGACAGACAGGAAGAAGGCAGCGGAAAACUACAAGGAGAAAAUCAGUGAGCAGCUGGAGGAGAUAGAGAAACAACAAGAGGAGAUUCAGAGGAAACUUCAGUCAGAGCAGAGACAAGGACCUUGAUGUAUUUAGAUGAUCAAAAGACAUCAGCUAAUCAAAGUCUUAUUCUGGUGUUGAUACAGAUUUGUUUAUAGCAGUAAUAAGAAUGCACUAAAAACCCAUCUUUAUUUGUGAAUCAUCAUCUGAGAGCUGUCAUUAAUGAUGCAGAACAACUUUUACAUGACUUUUGCCUGGAUCCAGGCCCGGUGCCAUGAAGUUACUGAGGGGGCAGUUAAAAAUUAUGAGGGGGCAAAUAUUUAUUAUGCAACAUAGGUUCACACAGUGAAUUAUAAAGAGGGGGCAGCCGUGCGUAAUUGUUGCACGUAAUGACAGCUCGUCGCCGGUGAAACACAAUAAACUGCACGUCUUCUUUCAUGUUUGUCUCAUGACAGAUGGAGCUGACAGACAGACAGACAGACAGGUGGAGCAAGCGGCAAAUUGGUAUGAAAGCUGGUUCAGGGCAUAUUCGUCCAUUUACGAAUAAAUAUGGAGUGGAAACGCUCAUGCAUGCGCACCAAGUUCCUACAUUAAUUCAGAAGCUUUACAAAUAUGUCGAUGUGUAGGCUAUAUUUCUGCCUUUCUGCGUACACAUUUUUAUCAUGUCAUGAAUCUACACAGUUUAUCCACUGGCCUAAUCUGUCAUCCAAAGCUGUAUGUCCCCGACUUCAAAACUCAUUCAUCAUCAGUCAUCCUGCUGUCUGGAUGCAUGUCAGACAUAUCCAGCAGAAAAAAAUGUGUGUGACAUAGAACAUAGAAAAAUAAACCAGCUAGAUUCUGUCAUACCUUUCCUCAGUAGAGUCGCAGCCUUCAUGUUUGUUUGUUAAACUUUCUGAGUAAGCGAGGAGCCACUGGCCUCGGCUGCAGUCUCUUCUGUAGUGUUGGUUUUUUUUUUGUUUUUUUUUUCCAAAACCACGUUCCUAUAUCCAUCUUUGGCUUGAACUGCUUUUUGGAACACACUAACGUGAUGGCAAAGUAAGUUGACCAAACUAUUUCGCAAGCAAGCUAGCUUAAAUUAUAUACUAUGGUGCGCCGUGAGGCCAAACCUAAUACAACACACAACAAACGCGCUGUCCAUGGUUCUGAAAUUACUGCAAAUAACAGGGGGUUAUGGUGUUUCAAUCUCCUCUCAAACACCGUAACCCUAUGUUAAAUAAAACAACAAAAAUACUGGUUGGUUGGAUCAGUAUUUUUUUGCAGAUUUACUAUGGCACACAAAACUUAAACUGAGUGAGCAAAAAAAUCAAACUGAGGGGGCAGUGCCCCCCCUCGCCCCCUCGUGGCGCCGGGCCUGCCUGUGUGUGUGUGUGUGUGUGUGUGUGUGCUUGUUUAUACACUUGUAUAACUGUUGCUUUUUUGGUUGAGACUAUACAGAAAUGUUCAGCUCUUUAUUUUACGUGUGAUGUACCAUAAAUGUUAAAAUGAACAGUUUUUCAUGCGGGAUGUCCAGAAACGGAAUAAACUUGAAAUUCUUUCACUUUGGAGUUCUUCCUUUAUUCAGAGUGGAAAUGACUGAGGUGAUAAAAAAGUGGGUUUAGAGGGAAGUUAUAGCGUCACACGGUGGGUUAAAGCAUCAAAGCAAAAGACUUUGUUACUGAUAAGAUUACAUUUACUUAACUGAUGCUUUUAUCCAAAGUGACUCACAAUAUGAGCAUUAACCCUUUAAACACUGAC